GCUAAAACUCACAGCCACACUAAGAUGGGUACUGAAGUGGUAUUGGUAGAUGAAGUUCCUUUUCCUUCUCAGAUCACAACCACCAAGCCAUUGUCUCUGCUGGGUCAUGGGAUCACUGACAUUGAGAUACACUUUCUUCAAAUCAAGUUCACAGCAAUUGGGGUUUACUUAGACCCUGAAGUUGUGUCACAUCUUCAACAAUGGAAAACCAAGAAAGCAAAUGAACUUGCAGAAGAUGAUGACUUCUUUGAUGCUCUUAUUUCUGCUCCUGUUGAGAAAUUCCUUAGGGUUGUGGUGAUCAAGGAGAUCAAAGGGUCUCAAUAUGGGGUGCAGCUUGAGAGUGCUGUGAGGGAUAGAUUGGCAGCCGAUGACAAGUAUGAAGAAGAGGAGGAGGAAGCCUUGGAGAAAAUUGUUGAGUUCUUCCAAUCAAAGUACUUCAAGAAAGAUUCCACCAUCACAUUUCAUUUUCCAGCAACUUCUGCCACUGCUGAGAUUUCUUUUCACACUGAAGGGAAGGAAGAGUCAAAAAUCAAGGUGGAGAAUGCAAAUGUGGUUGAGAACAUCAAGAAAUGGUAUUUGGGUGGGACUAGAGGGGUGUCUCCUUCAACCAUAUCAUCCUUGGCUAACACACUCUCAGCUGAGUUGACUAAGUGAGAGCUUUUUGUUGUAUGGUUUUGGGCUCUUUUUUAUGGGUUGCUGCUGUUUGCAAUUGCAAGGGCUCAUUUUGAAGUUUGUUAAUUUAUGGGAAAACCUGGUGUUUCUUGUGCUCUGUUCUGUUUAAUAAAAUGAAUGAUAUAUAUAGACUUCUGUCCAUCCAACUUCCAAGUUUUUUAUGCUUAUGGAAAAUAAUAUUCCUACU